AUGGGUUACGAAGUAAGCAUUAAUCCUGCAAAAUGCCGAUUCACAUCUUCUGGUGGCACAUCGAAACAUAAACUGAUCAAUCAUUGCGACAGGAAUCUUGCCUAUAAGGUAGUCUUUCAAGACCAAUCGAAAUACUCAGUGCCGACUGACAAAGCAGUUGGUGUCAUUGAAGUCGGUCGCACAGUUGACAUUGAAAUCACCAGACAGCCCGGUAAAGGACCUCAGGAAGAAAUGGCUAUCGAGUACUUUCCAAUCAGUAACACUGGUGACGCGAGCAAGAGUUGCUACGGAGAGUUAGCCGGCAAGACAACUAUGAAACUAAUUGCAGACGGAUAG